GUAUCGAUAGCCUGCUGCGAUAUUCAGGGUUGUGUUGUGAGCAUUUUUGCAUGUUGAAAACGCCGAAAAUUAGUUUUUGGUUUUGUUUAUAAAAAUAGCUCCGAAAUGGCGGCCGGUCCAAUUGCUGAACGCAACCAAGAUGCCACCAUCUAUGCCGGCGGUCUGGACGACAAGGUGUCGGAAACGCUGCUCUGGGAGCUGUUUGUGCAGGCAGGACCAGUGGGUAAGUCUAGUCACACAUGUAUAAUCCCCACCAGCUCCCUAAUCGUCAUGCUUGCAGUGAAUGUACACAUGCCCAAGGAUCGGGUCACUCAAAUGCACCAGGGCUACGGAUUCGUCGAGUUCCUCAGCGAGGAGGAUGCCGACUAUGCAAUAAAGAUCAUGAACAUGAUCAAACUCUAUGGCAAGCCCAUUCGCGUGAACAAGGCGUCGGCGCAUCAGAAGAAUCUGGACGUCGGCGCCAACAUCUUCAUUGGCAACUUGGACGUGGAGGUAGACGAGAAGCUGCUGUACGAUACGUUCUCCGCCUUUGGUGUUAUUCUGCAGACGCCGAAGAUUAUGCGAGAUCCGGAGACGGGCAAGUCAAAGAGCUUCGCCUUCAUCAACUUUGCCAGCUUCGAGGCCAGCGAUGCGGCGAUGGACGCCAUGAACGGCCAGUACCUGUGCAACCGUCCCAUUUCCGUGUCCUAUGCCUUCAAGAAGGAUCACAAGGGCGAGCGUCACGGCUCAGCUGCGGAGCGUCUGCUGGCCGCCCAGAAUCCAUCGGCCCAUGCAGACCGGCCGCAUCAAUUGUUCGCCGAUGCACCUGUGCAGAAUAUGAUGCCCCAGAUGCCGGGCCAGAUGAUGCCACCACCAAUGAUGGCGCCACCGCCACCGGUGGUGCCCGUUUCAAAUAACAACAUGGGCAUGAUAGCACCGCCGCCUCCCGUUCCCCAGCCUGCUCCAUUCCCAGCCACGAUACCGCCGCCACCGCUGCCACCGAUGGCCGGCGGACAGCCGCCUCUGCCGCCAGCAAUGGGCAUUCCGCCGCCGCCACGCAUGAUGCAGCCAAAUGCCUGGGCACCGCCGGGCAUGCCAGCUCCUCCUCCCAGACCGCCGCCCACCAACUGGCGUCCGCCGCCCGUGCCCUUCGCUCCCACGCCCUUCGCACGACCCUAUCAACCCGACGGCUACCAGUACUAAAAAUCUAGCGUGUAGUGUAUACCAAUUUGGACGAGAGAAAAUAAACUUUAAUAGGAUUUAUUAAUGAAGAA